GGUUACAUUCCAACCAACGAAGACAUUGUCUGGUCGCGCCGGCCCACUGAUUCUAUCAUUGAGGAGGAAAUUGCGCUUCACGGUACUAGGCUCGUUUUUAUCGACGUGGGUGGACAGACGAAGGAACGCCGCAAGUGGUGCCAGUGCUUUACCGGCAUGACCUCCGUUCUUUUCCUCGUCGCAUGUAGUCAUUUUGAUGAACAUUACCGGGAUCGAUUGACUCGGGAAUUUCGCAAUAAGCUUCAUGAGUCUAUGAUAAUUUUUAAUGGGCUCAUCAACCACGUUGCCUUCAGGAGGGUCUCAGUCAUAAUUUUCUUCAACAAAACAGACAUCCUUAAAGAGAAAGUGGCUUCCAGAACCUCUAAUAUUAGGGACACAUUCCCGAAUUUCCCCCAAAGCUACGACCCAUUCAAACUACAUGAUGUCCAGGUGACCUUUUAUAUACAUUCUAUUUUGAUGUACAUUCGACCCCUCAGGGGGGUUUUAACUAUCUACAGUCAUAAAGUUUUCUUAAGACAAUAUGCUUGCAUACUGCUGGCUUUGUUUAGGUUAAAUGUUGAACCACAAACGUUUGUGGGUUGGCACACAAGAGACUAG